AUGACUUCACGCAUCAAUAUCUCACGCGCCACCACCGCAUUUGCCUUCGUCUCUCUCCUCCUCUCCGCCGUAUUCCGCUUCUCCGCCGCCGAUGGAAUUUGUAGCAGGAAAUGCAUCGCAGAGCAAUGUGACACGAUGGGAAUCAAAUACGGAAAGUAUUGCGGGGUAGGUUAUUCAGGUUGCAUCGGCGAGAAACCGUGUGAUGAUGUUGAUGCGUGUUGCAUGGCUCAUGAUGAUUGUGUUGGCGAAUUCGGAAUGACUAAUGUGAAAUGCCAUAACAAGUUUAAAAAGUGCUUAACCAAAGUACAGAAAUCUGGGAAAGUUGGAUUUUCGAAAAAGUGUCCGAUCAGCACAGUUGUGCCUACCAUGAUAAGAGGCAUGGACUUAGCAAUCAUGCUGAGCCAAUUUAGUGACAAUGCUCAGCAACUGUAA